UCUCGUCUUCGUUCUCUCCUUCCUUCAACUAUCGUGUUCUGGUUCUGCUCUGUAUAGGGGGAAGAACAGAGAUGGAUUGUUCUAUUUGCAGUCCUGUAUCUCAUAUUCUGAGGCCUCCAAGGAAUUCAAUAUGUCAGGGAUGUUAUGAUGGAGCCAAAAGCAUAAUUGCUUUCUUAAACAAGCAGGAACACAAUAGAGAUGUUGGGGAUAAGUCUAAUUUUUCUGAUCUCUCUCAAUCCAAUUCUUCCAAGGGGAUUGGUAAUGCUUUGAAGUGGGUGAAGGAAAUCAAAGAGAGAGAAGAAGGAUUAAAUGAAAAGUUGAGCUUCCUUGGUGGAUUAGUGGGUGUGUUUAAAGAUGGAACUCAUGCUGACAUUAAAGUCAAGCCAGGCAAUGGAUCUUCUAUACUUGCACAUAGAGCUCUUCUGGCAGCAAGGUUAGACAUAUUUAAGAACAUGUUAGAAACAGAUGGAUGCAAAGCUCCAGCAAAUGAGACAAUCUGUCUACCAGAGUUGAACCAUGAAGAGCUUGAAUCACUUCUGGAGUUCCUCUACAGUGGGAGUUUACCAAUAGAUAAAUUAGACAAACAUGUCUAUUCCUUGUCAGUUGCAGCAGACAAAUAUGAAAUCCCUUUCUUGCAAAAAAUUUGUGAGAAUCGGAUGCUCGACUCCUUUGAUUCAUCAAAUGCCCUUAAUGUUCUAGAAAUCUCAGAUGUUUCUUCCAACACAAAGUUAAAGGAGGCUGCCAUGGAUUUUAUAAUUAAACACACUGAGGAGAUUGUGUUCUCAACUAGAUUUGAUUCAUUUUCCCACAAGAACCCACAUCUAACUGUACAAAUCACAAGAGCAUUAUUGAUGGAUAUGAAAAAUAAACGCCAUAUUAAUACUUGAGAGAGAGAGAGAGAGAGAGAGAGAGAGAG